UCAAGUGACGCGGAGCAGCUGGCCCGCGCGCCGACUGCGGAGCGGAGAGGCCGGAGGAUGGGCUUGUGGGGGGUGUUUCGCAUUCUCUCUCUACUGCUGGUGCCGCUGCUGCCGGGUACCGCGUGCGGCCUGCGCAAUGCUUCCCAGAGGACAUUCAAGAUUGACUACCAUCACAACCGCUUCCUGAAGGAUGGCCAGCCCUUCCGCUACAUCUCGGGAAGCAUUCACUACUCCCGCGUGCCCCGCUUCUACUGGAAGGACCGGCUGCUGAAGAUGAAGAUGGCUGGGCUGAACGCCAUCCAAACGUAUGUGCCCUGGAACUUUCACGAGCCACAGCCAGGACAGUACAAGUUUUCCGGGGAACAGGAUGUGGAAUAUUUUAUUAAGCUGGCCCAUGAGCUGGGACUGCUGGUCAUCCUGAGGCCUGGACCCUACAUCUGUGCAGAGUGGGAUAUGGGAGGAUUACCUGCUUGGCUCUUAUUAAAAGAAUCUAUUAUUCUCCGUUCUUCAGACCCAGACUACCUUGCAGCCGUGGACAAGUGGCUGGGAGUCCUCCUACCCAGGAUGAAGCCUCUCCUCUAUCAGAAUGGAGGGCCAAUCAUAACGGUGCAGGUUGAAAACGAAUACGGCAGCUACUUCACCUGUGAUUACGACUACCUGCGCUUCCUGCAGAAGCUCUUCCACUACCACCUGGGCAAGGACGUGCUCCUGUUCACCACGGAUGGGGCACUUGAGCCGUUCCUGCAGUGCGGGGCCCUGCAGGGACUCUAUGCCACAGUGGACUUCGGACCAGGUGCCAACAUCACUGCUGCUUUCGAAGUCCAGAGAAAGAGUGAGCCCAAAGGACCAUUGGUGAAUUCUGAAUUCUAUACCGGCUGGUUAGACCACUGGGGCCAACCUCACUCAACAGUGAAGACUGAAGUGGUGGCUUCCUCCCUCCAUGAUAUACUUGCCCAUGGGGCGAAUGUGAACCUGUACAUGUUUAUAGGUGGGACCAAUUUUGCCUAUUGGAAUGGAGCCAACAUGCCCUACAAAGCACAGCCCACCAGCUACGACUAUGAUGCCCCACUGAGCGAGGCAGGGGACCUCACUGAGAAGUAUUUUGCUCUGCGAGACGUCAUUCGUAAGUUUGAAAAAGUACCAGAAGGUGUUAUCCCUCCAUCUACACCCAAGUUUGCAUAUGGAAAAGUUGCUCUGAAGAAGUUAAAGACGGUGGAGGACGCGCUGACCAUUCUGUGUCCGCCCGGGCCCGUAAAAAGCCUUUAUCCCCUGACGUUCAUCCAGGUGAAACAGUAUUUUGGGUUUGUGCUGUACCGAACGACACUUCCUCAAGACUGCAGUGACCCCACUCCCCUGUCGUCGCCCCUCAGCGGAGUCCAUGACCGGGCCUAUGUUGCCGUGGAUGGGGUGCCACAGGGAGUCCUGGAGCGAAGUUCUGUGACCUCUCUGAACAUCACCGGGAAAGCUGGAGCGACUCUGGACCUUCUGGUGGAAAACAUGGGGCGUGUGAACUAUGGCAGAUAUAUCAAUGAUUUUAAGGGUCUUGUUUCUAACCUGACCCUCGGUGCCAAAAUCCUCACGGACUGGAUGAUCUUCCCACUAGACACCGAGAAUGCGGUGCACAGACCCCUGCAAGACUGGAAUGGCUAUAACAAGCGCCACCAUAAGAAAGCCUUGGCCCACACCUCAUCUAACUACAGUCUGCCGGCCUUUUAUAUGGGGAACUUUUCCAUUCCCAGUGGAAUCCCAGACUUGCCCCAGGACACCUUUAUCCAGUUUCCUGGAUGGACCAAGGGUCAGGUGUGGAUUAAUGGCUUUAACCUCGGGCGAUACUGGCCUGCGCGGGGACCCCAGGUGACUCUGUUUGUGCCACGGCACAUCCUGGUAACAUCGGCCCCCAACACCAUCGUGGUGCUGGAACUAGAGCGCGCACCCUGCGGUGACAAUGGCCCAAAGCUGUGCACCGUGGAGUUUGUGGACAGGCCGGUUAUCAGUGCCACCUCGACCUCCGGUCCUCACCCUUCAGGCCUGCCUGACUAACCCUCGGGACUGGACUACAUCUGAAGGCUAAGCACUGUGACCCUUUGGAGUUUGGGCUUGCACAUACCUCACCUAUUUUCCCAUGCAACGCCAGCACUCACUGGAAAGUGCGAUUAGAAAGUAGGGUCAGCAUGUGCAUUUUCUCCAGAGGUUUCCAGGCAGCCCCGUGGUGCCCAAGCCUCCACCGGAGUUGGGGGGUGCACCACGAAUGCAGGAGGAGCUGGGCGGCACAGGAAGGCGUGAUGCGUCUGCCCAGUCGGAAUGAAAGCUUUAAAGAUGUUCCUGAUUUUUAUCUUGAAGGAAUCAUGUUGUCUUUUUAUGAAAUAAAAUUUGUAUUCAAAUGCUG